GCGGCAACAGCGCGCCGACCACUCCGAGUUCCACCAGCGCAGAGGUCGCACCGCGUGGACCUAGUGUAGUUCUAGUUGAGAAGGCGCGUUCUGUGUUCAUCUUCAUUAAUGGUUCCGCUCGCGUAGCCACCGCCAUGCCCACGACUCCCGAGUGCGACUACGACAUCGUGUCCAACGAGGGCCUGCUCUCGCUGCUGCGGAACGAGUCCAAGAAGAUCGUCAUCUUGGACUGCCGCAGCUCCAUCGAGUACGGCGAGUGCCACAUCCGCGAAGCCGUCAACUUCUCGAUCCCCUCGAUCAUGCUGCGGCGGCUGGCGGCGGGCAAGAUCGACCUGGCUUCCACGAUCAAGUGCAGGGAGCUGAAGCAGAAGAUCUGCAGCACGUACAAGGAGAACCUCUUCGUGCUGUACAACGACCUGUCGGGGGUGCAGCAACACCAGGCCGACUCCGUGCUCAACGUGCUGCUGCGGAGGCUCACGCAAGAUGGUUGCCGCGUGGUGUGUCUGAAAGAUGGGUUUCCAACAUUCCGAAAUUCCUACCCGGAAUGGUGCGACAGUUGCUCCGAGCUGUUGGAUAAUUCGGGUGGAACUUUACCAUCUGCUGCCGGACCAGACCCCCUACCUUUGAUGGGGCUGCGGUCCCUUCGAAUUUCAGCACCGCCAUUGCAUAGACCCCAUCGAAGCUGCGACAGUUUGUCGUCUACUGCCAAUAGUUCCACUGACAGUUCGGAUACUGAUGAUCGAUGUGAUAGUUCUUUAGUUCUUUCAGGUUUGGAGGAAGAUAGAGAGUUUCCUGUCGAAAUUCUUCCUCACCUGUUUCUCGGUAAUGCGGCUAAUAGCGAAGACAGCCAGUCACUCGAAAGACACGGUAUUCAGUACAUACUAAACGUCACUCCUGAUUUGCCUAACGUCUUCGAAGAUUGCGGAAACUACAAGUAUAUGCAAAUUCCUAUUACGGAUCAUUGGUCCCAGAACUUAGCAAGUCAUUUUCCGAAGGCUAUAGAAUUUAUAGAUGAGGCCCGGUCCAACCAGAAGGGCAUCCUCGUGCACUGCCUCGCCGGCAUCUCCCGCUCCGUCACCAUAACAGUGGCGUACCUAAUGUACAAAUGCUCCCUGAACCUGAACGAUGCCUUCAACGUUGUUCGUGCGCGCAAAUCCAACAUAGCUCCUAAUUUCCACUUCAUGGAGCAGCUGUACAACUUCGAACGCGAACUCAAGUUAAACGUGUCUUCCCAGAGCCCGGUCGCCCUCAUGGAGAAGAUCGAGCAGGAGCAGAAGAGCCGAAGCAGCGGCAAACCCGAGCAGACCAGGCCCAGGGGGGCAUGCCCGAACUGCGGUCUAACCGAAAACUGCAAAUGCCGACAGCACAUGGACUUUCUCAGUCCUUUGGCGCAGAUCGGAGUGAGCCCAGAUUCGGGCAUCGAGUUCGACAGGUGGGCCUCCAGCACGCCCAACGAAUGAGACGAUCAGGGAGGGUCUCAGUGGCACUUUUAAGUUAUCCGAGCGGGUCUGGGACCUGUAGUGUUACUGUCAUCCUCCCUUUUAACAUUCAUUCGUGUCUUAGUGGUUUUCGACAAAAUCUUUGGCUUUAAUUGGUUUUUUGACACUCCAUUUGUUUUAUGUAUCGUCAGUAUUAUCAGCACGAGUUUGGUUCUGAUUGAGACGAUCGAUUGAAGUUGAGCUCGAGGGCCGCGUCUGUUUGACCCGAUUUUGGAAAAUUUUUGGUUUUUCGACUCUGCAGGCGUGAGGUUAUGUUGCCCCGCGAACUCAAAUUUGAUUGCUCACUCGGUAGUAUAACGGGAAAUGUUGUAAUAAUAAACUUAGACUAUAACGUUGGUUAUUUUUUAAUACUGAAAUCGUCUAUAUCGUUGUGUUCUGUAAAUAGUACGACGGAAAUUUAUUUUCUUAGAAAAGACUGUUGGGCAGCCGCAAAAUAGAUUGUAUUUAUAUUUAUAAACUUUUUGUAUUUUAUACCUACUUAAUUAAUUGCUAUUAAAGGGCACAAUUUCUUAUAAUUUUCUACUUUGUUACUGUGAAAGUCUACAAAAUGUAUGCAUAUCGAAAUUGUAUGUAUUUUAAAUAUAAAAUAACUCUAUAAUGUUGAAAUGUUUAAAUCAUAAAUAUACAGAGGGGUGUCUAACAAUAACGUUAGGGGUUUAGGCCUAAAGUUCCGGUGGCCCUUGACACUUACUUUAAUAAUUUCAGACGUGAUGACGUGUCCUGUUGUAGCUCGCCCUGUAUAUGGAACUUGUAAAAUUUCAGUGCCAUAUUUAUUUAUUUUUCCAUGCAUGUAGGGAUAAUCUUGCCAUAAUUAUACACAUUCAAAGUCCUUGUUGGAUUUGUAACAACAUUGUUAAACUGUAUAUUGUUAUCCGAUAGAGAAAUUAUUGUACGUAUAAAUGUUAAAUGAGGUAUAUAUUUUCAUGACAUAGAUUAUAAUAAUAGAUUAACUCCGUAGUGGUUAAUUAAAUGCAAAGGAAUCCAGUCAUUAGAUGUAGGAUUAGACAUUUUCUCGACAAACUUUGCCAUUUAGGCUUAGUCAUUGGAAAUGUUUAAAUAGGAGUAUAAAAUGUUUAUUUACUGUUAGACAGUAAUACGAAAACAUAUAUAAAUGUUGAUAAUAUUUCAUUUUAAAAAUAAGAAAUUGUAUGGACGUGCUGAAAAAACUUUGUGUUGUCCAUAGUCAGUGUAUCGCUCUGUUUACAAUUUUCUAACAUUCCUAUUGAAUUUAACUUUACAAUUAUUCUUACAAUAAAAAUUCUUCCAUUUUUCAGUGACAAAUCUUGCGGAAUUAUUAGUAAUAAUGUUCCACGUUUACUUAUUGAUGUUAUUUUAUAUGUGAAUAUUUAUUAUUGUAUAUUAUUAAUCCAUGUUUCUUCAUAACUUUUGGAUAAUAAAUUUUCAAUGUGA